AUAAAAAUAAAAACUCGUUAUCGGGAAUUCGAUACGUUGUGUCCUAACGCAUUGGAUAUGACACGUUGUUUUCUCGAGAUGAAUAUUUUUUUAAAGGCAAUAUUUUGCAUUUGGAAAUUUGUGAAAACGUGCCCUAAUGUGCUGGGUUUCGAUUUUUUUUCGUUCGACCAAAUAGCCAAAUAUCCUUUCAAAAAUUUCAAAAUAAGGCAAUAUUUUGCGUUUGGUAAUUCGAGGAACGUGCCCUAAUGUGCUGGGUUUCGAUUUCUCGUUUAACCAAAUAGCCAAAUAUCCUCUUGAAUUUUAAUUCAUGUCAUUCGAGUUUUUUUAGGAUCGUAUUUUAAAUCUCUUUAAAGUUUUCAGUUUUCGACACUAAGACAUUAAGUAAUCAACUAGGUACCAAUUUUGGGCGUAUCGAGGGUGCUAAUCCUUCCUCGCGCGUAACCGACUCCCGAACCUAUUUUUCUGAAUUUCGUGGACCAAAACAAUUGUUUUAAUAAAAUCAAAUCGUUUAUUAAAAACAACCAUUUUUCAAGGUGACCCGAUCUCACCUUAUCAAAAAGGAUCGGUGGCGACUCCCUUUUUUUUGUUUUUAUUUUCAAAAUCCAGGUUGACCCCGUUUUUAUCAAAAAAAUGGUGUCAACACUACCAACCGUCCUCAUCCCACUUUUCCUUCUCUUUUUCUCCUUCCCUAACAACGUUGGAGCUUAAAAGUUCAUUGGAAAAGUUCCAGCAGAACCAACAUGUAUAUGAUUGGAAAUGUCUAUGCUGAUCUUAGGUUAUAACAGGAAGUACUCUUUUUUACCUAUUUUCUAGCCAUUUUGAGGCUAUUACUCCCCCCUGCAUUUAUGACAUUGUGGUGAGCUAAUUGAGAGCUAAUUCAGUGGUCUGAUAGAUGAUUGCACAACAUCGACGUAGACAUGACUCUAGCGAGGAUGACUCUGAAACUGAUGGUGGGAGGGAAAAGAAUAGAGGUGAAGUUCAAAAGUAAAAGUUUGAGGGUAGUGAAUCUGAUUCUAAUGCUGACAGAGCGAGAGGGCGUAAAAAGGAAUUGAUUAAGGAAGGUCGUCAAGGGCAUGACUCCAGUGAGGCUGACUCUGAUUGUGAUGGUGGGAGGCAAAAGAAGUGAGGUGAAGUUCAAAAACGGAAGAUUGAGUCAACUAGGAGCCAGAGGAGAGAAAGGGACAUGGGUAGUGAAUCUGAUUCUGAUGCUGACAGAGCAAGAGGUCAUAGAAAAGAAAUGGUUAAGAAAGGUCGUCAUAGGCACAACUCCAGCGAGGACAACUUUGAUUCUGAUGGUGGGAGGCAAAAGAAGAGAGGUGAAGUUCAAAAAGGAAAGAUUGAGUUGACUGGGAGCCAGAUGAGAGAGAGGGACAUGGGUAGUGAAUCUGAUUCUGAUACUGACAGAGCGAGAGGUCGUAUGAAGGAAAUGGUUAAGAAAGGCCGUCGUAGGAAUGACUCCGGUGAGGAUGACUCUGAUUCUGAUGUUGAGAGGAAAAAGAAGAGAGGUGAAGUUCAGAAAGGGAAGAUCGAGUUGACUGGGAGCCAGAGGAGAGGCAGUGAUAGUGGCUCGGAUUCCGAAGUAGACAGAGCAAGAGAUCAUAAAAAGGAAAUAGUAAAGAAACGUGGUCAUAGGUAUGAUAAAGGAGAUGACAGUGAUUCUAAUACAAGUGAUGUAAUGGUAGAAAAGGAUAGGAGAAGAGGUAGAAGAGGUGAUUCUGAUGAUGAAGAUUCCAAUUCAUCAUAUGGCAGGAAAAUUGGCAAGGCUACAGAAGCUAGAGAAAGGGUGGGUAGAAGGGGAUCGGGCUCUUUGACAGAUGAUAGUGAUGCAAGUUCUAGUGACUCUGACAGCACCGAUGUAAAGCGUCAAACCAUUGAAAAGAAGAAUGCUGCUGACAAAGACAGAAGAGGACAUAGAGGUGAUCAUGACAGUCAUGGUGUUAGAGGUAGUCGUCGGUAUCAAGAAGAAAAAGACUCUCCAUCUUAUGCAGCCAAGAAUGAUGAUAGAAGGGGAAGGACCUUAAAUGAGGAUGAUAGAUUAGAGAGAUUGCAGAAAUCAGAGAGCAAUAGAGAAAUGAUGAAAGGCAAGAGGAAGCUUGAUGAUGAAAAUCAUGACGAGCAGCCAGAAUUGAAGUCAAGAAGUAGAAACUUAGGAAGUGAAUUGGAGAUGAAAUAGUAAUAGUAGAUGAAAUAGUAAUAUU